AUUUAUAUAUACACCACAUGGUAUCAGAGAAAUAGUAGAACCGCUUAAUUUGCCACACUCGCACGGCUUCUGAGUGGCUCUAUCAGGGGAAUGCACAAUUAACUAGACGUGUAGAUGUUAAACUGCCGCGAAUGGAUGGGAAGAACAAACACGGGAAGUGCGUUGUUUUACUAAAUUUAAAAAUAACCACACAGAUCAUUCUGCUUCACAUAAAAAUGACAAAAGAGUUGCGAUAAAUGAUAGCUUGGGCAGUUCGAGUAGGGAUCAUGCUAUGUUUGAGGCAAAAGUGGAUCCAAGAAUAUGUAUUGAUCUAAAAUUCUUGAUAUUAUCAAAGAAUUAAUGAGAGAGGGAGUGAGAGAUUGUCUAUACGACAAUGCAAAACAAAGAUAAAAUUGAUUAUGAAUAAAUUUGCUUUUGAAAUAUUAAAAAUGUUCCUUUAUUUUUGAAUUUUAAAUAACAUUUUUUAUGUUUAUAAAACUUAUAUUUGUUAGUUUUAACAUGUUUAUGUUUCAUGAGAAUUUAAUAAAUUUAUGAGUAUAUCUCUUCACAUUUUAUCAAGAUAAUUUUAUUUUCAUAUUUUGGGACUAAACAUAGGUGUGUGGGUGUUUAAUCGGUUAUGUUCUCGAGAACAUGAAAUUUAGUAUCAUUCGGAUAUUCUUAAAAUUAUAUUUGAAUUUAUUCGAGUUAGAUUUGGAUAUCAUAACACAACACAAAGUUGGUUGAUCUGUUUAAAAUUCAGGUUCACCUCUAAUUUUUUUUUUGGUAAAACAAAAAGGUGUUUUUACCUUAUUACCGGAAAUCCAAACAUUGUAAAUAGUUUCUCCCAACACGAAUCGAACUCAUAUGACAGAAGUUACGGUUUCAAUCUUGACAUUGGUAAAAGAUUUUAUUUUCAAAUACAUACAUAUUUGUGGUUUGAAAUUAAGUACACUUUUCUCUAGCAAAUGAUGCGUGAUAGCAUGAUUCACAAGUGGUUGUUAAGAGAUUUUAUUUUAUUUUAUACUUUACUUAUACUUUUUAUAUUUAUAUUUAUUUUUUAUUUAGGAGAGAUUUGUAAAAACUCAAUAAUGAAGAAACCUAAAGUUUGUUUAGCGUCGCCGUUUUAGAGCCCUAAUCUCCGUUCCAAAUGGGCCAACAUAUUAGGGACUAAUGGGCUUUGAAUACCAAAAUUAACGCACUUUCCAUAUUUCUCUUAAGAAAGUCAAAGCAAAAACAAUUUCGAGCAUUUGGAGAAAAUUUUCAUUUUCCCGCGUGGAAGCGAAACCAACACCGCCUAAAACAAAAUGACUAAUCCCGCCGUUGUUCCUCAUCUAUAACCCAACCCAUUUCUUCCUUCCCCCGGCACCAACAAAAUCUUCAUCACCCCAUUUCUCCGCCGCUUCUUCAAUUCCAUUUGCAAGAGAAACAUCUCCGAUGGAAAACUCCAGAUCUAGAUCCGUCUUCGUCGACAUCGGACUAAGAGAGCUCAACGGAUUCCGAGUAAGGAAGCGACCGUUCUUCGCAGAUUCCGAGCUGGUUUGCAGAGAAAUCGCCGGCGUUGCUGUGGAACACGACGGCUAUCGAACUCCUCCGUUGGCCGUCUCCUUCUGUAAGAGUAGCAGGAACUCACAAGUAUUCGCGGUGUCAGAUGAAGAUGGACAUGUGAGCUUGUUUAAUUCGAAUCACAAGUUUGCCUCUUCUGCGACUCACCAAGAGAACACAGAUAAUGCUAGGUUUCGUGACUGGACUGCUCAUAAUAAUGCGGUCUUUGACGUUUCUUGGAUCAAGGAUGAUAGUUGUCUUCUGACUGCUUCUGGUGAUCAAACUAUUAAAGUAUGGGAUGUUGAGGAGAAUAAGUGUACUGGUGUACUUAUAGGACAUACAGGAACUGUGAAAUCAAUGUGUUCACAUCCUACAAACUCUGAUCUUCUUGUCUCUGGUUCAAGAGAUGGAUGUUUUGCGCUAUGGGAUUUAAGAUGUAAGAGUACCUCUCACAAAGAGGAGUUUUGCAUCAACUCUACCGGCAUGGUUAAAGGAGCCCAUCUCUCUCCUCUUUCAAAACGAAUUGGACGUCGCAAGGCUGCUUCAUCAAGCAUUACCUCUGUGCUUUAUCUCAAGGACGAGAUCACAAUUGCCACUGCUGGAGCACCAGAUAGCGCCUUGAAAUUUUGGGAUACUAGAAAGCUGAAAGUUCCCAUUGCCCAAGCAUCUCCACAGUCAGACGCAACAAACACUAAGGAAAAGAGAGCACAUGGUAUAGUAUCCCUGUCCCAAGACUCAAGUGGAACCUUUCUUACAGCAUCAUGCAAGGACAACAGAAUCUAUCUAUACAACAUACUGCAGCUUGACAAAGGACCUGUACAAUCUUUCUCUGGUUGCCGAAUAGAUUCUUUUUUCAUUAGGACAAUGAUUAGUCCUGAUGGUGAACACAUUUUGAGCGGUUCAAGCGAUGGUGACGCUUACAUAUGGCAGGUGAAUAAGCCUCACGUAGAUCCUACAGUCUUGAAAGGCCAUGACAAAGAAGUAACUGCUGUAGAUUGGUCUUCAUCAGAGAUCGGGAAGGUAGUUACAGCUUCAGAUGACUUCACGGUACGACUGUGGAACAUAGAGACCAGCCGCUGCUCAAAUGCAAACUUAACAGCAUCUGAGUCUAGAGUUAAACGCAGAGUUACCUCAUUGUCAAAUACUGAAGCGAAAGAAAGACUUGAGACGAACAAAGAACCUGAGAGUCCCCAAAAGCAUUUAUCAGAUAAUCAAUCUAUGCCUAACAUCAGAACUCCAGAGGCUCAGACGAAGAAAACAUCUUUAUCAUCAUCAUCAACAUUGUCCCUAUCAUCAUUAGAAGAAGAUAAAGUGUGCGAGAACACACCAGAAACCGCGGUCAACAGUCCAUCAUCUGUACUAAACCCUCCUUCCUCUGCCAAAAGGCGAACCAUUAGAGAUUAUUUCCUGGUCACUCCAUAAACAUGGAUUUCUUUUUCCAAAUAUUAUUGUACAGAGAUAUGUAAGAUUUUAUUAGAUUCAGGCUGUAUCUGAAAAUUUUGCAUAGAGUGAAUCCUAAGCUACCAUUUUUACUAACAAUUCUUAAUUAUAAUCAGAACAUAAACGUUUCUAUCUUAA